AUGUUGGCUCUAGCCGCCUUUGCCUUUGGCUCGUACUACCUCGCUGCCGAGAACGCCACGCACUGGGGCUGCGCGGACCUGUGUGGGCCGAACGCGACUCUCGCGUGCGUUCAAAGCUCGGAGGAAAACGAGUACGUGGCUCGGCUCGCCGCCGAUGCCGGCGCGAUCCAUUUUUGGAUCGGCAACUACCAGCGGCCCGCCGGAGCGGAGCCCGGCGGCGGCUGGGACGUCUGCCAGUCCGGCGAGACGGCAAACUUUGCCAAAUGGGACGUCAACGCCUUCGACGGCUUCAACGAAUGGUCAGAGCCAAACAAUUGGCAUGGCGCAGAGGCGUGCGCUGCUGUCAGCCACUACCACCACGCGGUGGAGUGGCCUUUGCUGGCGGAGGGGUGGUGGUACGACGCCCACUGCUACUCUGAGCUCCCCUGCCUCUGCAAGCACGGCGCCGCCGACCCCUCGCCCGAGUACAUGGCAUUCGCGGAGGCGGAUCGGAAGCACGCCAUGGGUGUGGCAGAGAGCACGCCCUUCCGAGGGCGGCCGUGCUAUUCGCGAGAGCAGUGCGAGUACCCAGGCUGCGCCGAAUACUCGUCCACGGAGUGCGUCGUGAUCGGCGCUUACGGCGAUGCGUUUUUCCGUUGCUGGGCGGCAGAGCCCGACUCGCGCUGCGAGGGGCGGAGCGACGGUCACCCACUUGGCCUAGCCGACGGUGAAUGCUGGCAUGGCCGCCACAGGUGGUUCCUCUGCCCUGAUCCGGACCGAGACGCAGAGUUUGAACAUUUUCUCGACGCGGCCGUCGUCCUGCGCUACGUGGCUCUCGCUCUCUGCUCUGUCGUCUCCGGGCUCAGCCUGGUCUGGGCGCUGGUCUGCAUUCUCCGAGACGUGCGGCGAAAGGAUGAGCAGUCUGCGGGUGCGGGCCUCGAGAUGGUGCAGAGCGACGCGGGGCUCGGGCCGCACGACCAGCGGGUGCACGCCUCGCUCCUUUCUCGCGACGUCAUGCUGCUCCGCUGCAGCUGGCUGCGCUCGCGCCCACCCGGCUUUGUGCUGCCGCGCCGGCAGGACCUGCCAUCAGAGGCGCUGUUUCCGCCCGAGGAGGCGGCCGCGCUCUUUGCUCGGCAGGACCUCAGGGCGUGUCCUUUCAUUUACGCCCGGGUGCGCACCGACGAGGAGGCCAAGAUGUUUGCUGCGUCGCUCGCGGUGAUGGCGGGGCUGUACGCGAGCCCCCGCUGCGUGACAGUGCUGCGGCUGACCAACAUCCCAGAGCCGCCAGAGUGGGGCGAGCGCUCCGUCUGCCUCUUCGGCUUGAAGAAAGGCAUCGACGAGCAGGCGAUCCUCGCGACGCUUGGCACCUUUGGUGCGAUCGAGAUGUACGAGCUGCACAUAGCUCCUGCGAUCGUUCGCUUCACAACGCGCGAAGCGGCGUUUGCGGCCGUGGCGGCUGGCGCAGAGCAGCUGUGCAAGGGCAUCGGCAUGCUGUACAACAUGCGGCCGUACGAGGGGCGUGGCUGGUGCCACGCCGAGAGCAACUUCGCGAAGAUCAUCCUCGGCACGCACAGCGAGCUCGGGCUGGGCAGCGCGGGGCACGCGCCCAAGAUGAUCGACGUGCUGGACGGGCAGCCUGUGACCCUCACGAGCGCGCCCACGCCCGACGCGUUCAAGGCUCAGUUCGAGGAGACGGUGGAAGGGAGCGAGGAGCUAGCCAUUGCCUUCACCGGCACGGGCGACGAGGAGAAGGUGGUGGAUAUGUACGUCAGCUAUUACACGGCGGUCGUGUUCGAGGAGCGCGCUCGGCAGCGGAUGCGGGAGCAGCGCGCCGCCGCGGACAAGCGCAGAAGGCGCAUGCGCCUCGUCGCCUUUGGCGGGGGGCUGGUCGCCGCUUUGGCGUCACUCGCCGGCAUCGUCGUCGUGGCUCUCCUAGGCCUAGAUAGCAUCACCAUAGUCAUCGCGCCGCCAGCUGCCGCUUGGGGAGCCUUCUCGAUGCUCCUCGCCGUGCUGCCCACGGACGAGGACCUUGUCCGCGGGCUCUCCGUCUACCUGGCACUUGGGCUGCCGCUCCUCGGAUGGUUCUUCUGGUGGUUGGCGGGGUCUUCCUACCCGUCGACUAUGGCUGACAUCUGGGAUAGCUCAGGGAUGCCGAGCGCCCUAGCUAUGACCUUCUCCCUAGUCGUCGCUGCCUUGCUCCCUGCCUGGCGCGACGCCUUUCUCGCCGGCCUGCUGCCCUGCCGCUCCACCCGCGUCGGCCCCCGGGCGAUGACCGCCCCCGCCUGCCUGAGCCGCCUUUGGCUGGUUUGGCGGCUGGGGGUUGGAGCGGCAGGAGUGCUCUUCGUGAGCAAUGCUGCGGUCAUUCCGGACGCGUGGCCGUUCUAUCUGACUGGCGCCGCCAUGCUCCUCCCCGCCCUCGCUCUCCGCCCCUCCGUCCGCCGCUAUUUGCAAGCCCGCCUCGCUCGCCUCGGCGCCUCCGGCGGAGGCGACGACGCGCAGCUGGCGGCGCUGGCGGCUCUCUCCGGCGGCGGCGAGAAGGCGCUGGCGCGCGCGCAGGCGGCCUUCCGCCUGCUGCCCGUUGACCAGCUGACGGGUGCGGAUGAGCUGCCGGGCGGGGGCGUGGCGGGCGGCGCGGGCGACGCGUUGCGAGAGCGGGCGGUGGCCGCCAGCCUUGGAGCUGAGCAUUCGGUCUUUGUGAGCCACUCCUGGCACGACAGCCGCGAGGGCAAGUGGGCGGCGCUCCAGCGGUGGGGGAAGAGCGACACAGAAGAGCGGGGCACGGCGCCGCUGCUCUGGCUGGACGCAGCGUGCGUCGCCCCUGAGGACGCGGGCGCGCUCGAGCUGCUGCCGCUCCUCGUCAGCGGCUGCCAGCGCUUCCUCAUCCUGGCGGGGCCGACCUACGCGAACAGGCGCGCGCGGAGCAGGCCGCUGUGGUGCGUGGUCGAGCUCUUCUGUUUCCUCAAGAAUGGAGGCGAUAUCGACCGCGUGACCGUGCUGCCCGUCGUCGAGGCCAGCAACGAGGCGGACGUCGAGGCGGCGGCGGACGCGACAAGAGCGCUGCAGCGCGAGCUCGGGCGGUUCAGGGUGGAGCGGGCUCGCUGCUCGCAAGAGCGGGACACGCAGAAACUGCUCGGCUGCAUCGUGGCUGGGUUCGGCAAGUACGAGUCGUUCAACCAGGUGGUGCGCCGCAUCUUCUCCGGCCGGUCGAGCUCCACCUUUGGUGUUGCAGGCCUUCGAAUGCCGUUUGAACUUGAGCCUUCGGAGAUGGAGGAGCAGCUGAAGCACGCAGCACAAGUCAUUCAGCGGCACGCCCGCCGCUUCAUCACAGCGGUGACGUCUCGAGAGACGUCCUAG